AGCGGCGGUCUUGAGGACGGCAGUUCCGGGGACACAGAAGACGGUUCAGAGGUCGUGAACGGCAGUAUGGGAGCCCGUGAAGGCCUAGGCUCGGAGGCCGCAGACGGCAGUACGGGCUCAGCCCGUGAAGGCACGCCCUCGGAGGUCACAGACGAUGGUACAAGCUCUGGUGGAGGUGCAGUCUCGGAGGUCACCAACGGUGGUACCGGCCCCCGUGAUGGCAUGGGCUCGGGGGCCAAAUAUGACGGGGCAGGCUCGGAGGUCGUCGACGGUGGUACGGGCGCUUGUGGAGGCGCAGUGUCGGAGGUCGCAGACGGCGGUACUAGCUCG